AUGACCAAUCAGACUUACUUCGGCGGUAUCACUUCAGAGGCGGAGUACAAGAGAAGAUUCAAUGCUGGUACCCACAGGACCUUCUCCGCACUCGCCAAUCAACCGGCCAGCGAGUGGGGCAUCGACCACCUUAUCGCUUGUCGUGUCAUACGCCAUAAGAAACUCAAUCACAUUCUACCAAUACUGUCGAACCAUGUUGCUCUUGGAGAGCUUCUGGGAGAAUCCGUUGAGAUCAAAAUGUUCUUUGAUGGCCCUGAAGCAGGAUUCGAAAGUGGCAGCGAUCACAGCCUUGUUCGUAGAUACGGAGCGAGUCUAGGUCACCUGUGGGCUGCCUUGUCAUUCUUCGUCCGCCAGCAGCAAAUUUCUCAAUCUCCUGAGCCACUGGAGCGCUCCGACAACGAUGCCAGCCCUGCACGGCAUAAGCGGGCCAAGCGUGACGUCUGUCAAGACGGGUUCGUCAACUCGUCCAGUAUGCAAGUCGGAUCCAGUAGUCCAGUAGCCGAUCAAGCUUCCCAAGGCUCCUCGUCUAUCGGUUUCGUGGAUACGAGCUCACAAUCGAACCCUCUUCUCCUCGAAGACAUGACGGUAAGCCUCGCCCGAUGUCUUCUCCAGCACAUUCUUUCUUUUUUCCCACCACAAGACUCCGGCUCGCUGCCCUAUGUUGUGGAGUAUCGCGAUUGCAAAACGAGACUGUCGGCCCAUACCCCUCGCGGAGGACGCACUAUAUCUGCGAGGGAUGAUGGUGGAUUGUUCCUCCGCAGCAACUUUGUUGGUGACUGCCAAAUCUUGCGGGCUCAUGUUGCGCUCCUGGAGGCGAAGACUAGGUUCAACAACAUUCAAGACGGGGUGCCUCUCCUCUCGGAUGACUGUUUCGCCCAGAUGACAUCUGAAGCCUUGGCCGCUCGGCUAAUGGGUCGUGGAGAUGACGAGAACGAAAGGUUGGGUCCUUUACCUGUCUUUUUCCAGCCACCUGCGUCCCGUUGCUGA